GAUCGACGUGUUAUGAAAUCUGAAGUACAGUCCAAUAAGUGCAGCUGAAGUUUUAGUCAGAGCCAGUGCCCGAGUGCGAUGAGACUGGCUCCUUGCGAGCACUAUUGACAUCUGUUUGUGAGACAGGGAACAGCAACAUCUGUACCCCCCCCCCAUCAUCCACAUCUGGCAAGCCCGCUUCUGCUGCGAUGGUGUUCAACUCGGAGGCGGUGCUUAGACUGAAGUCAACUGGGCUCGGUCUCUCUCAGUGAGAGGGGGGCGGUAAAAAAAACAUCUCUCGCACCGGCAGCCGCAGGAGAGAUCUGCAUGGGCUGUUCUAUAAGCCUCGAUUGCUGCGGGAAGGAGCUUUGCGGAACCCCAGAUGAACCCACGAAAAAGAAAGAAGAGAAAAUGAGGCUUACAAAGCCUGGUAAGGUCGACCCCCCAACUACACACAGCUUCAAGGAGAAGACAUUUAAGAAGAAGAAGCACUGUGUAGCCUGCAAGCAGCCGAUCACGUCCCAGGGGAUCUUUUGUCGCGUCUGCAAGUUAGCAAGUCACAAGAAAUGUGAAACCAAGGUAAUGACCAUCUGUGUGCCACCAGCUCCACGCAGCCUGGAACUUCCAAGAAAGGGUACUGGAACAGUGAAGAAUAUAGAGCAUUUGGGGUCAACAAAAUCUUUGAAAAGUGCCAGUCAGAGGAGCACUCUGCCAAGGAGUUUCAGUGUGGACCACGUCAUGGAGAGGAACUACGACUUUGACCUGACCUACAUCACGGAGCGGAUAAUUUCAGUCUUCUUCCCGCUGGUGCUCGAGGAACAGCGAUACCGCAGCAAUCUGAAGGAGGUGGCCCAGAUGCUGAAGUCCAAGCAUGGAGACAAUUAUCUGCUUUUCAAUCUGUCUGAAAGAAGGCAAGAUAUCAGCAGACUCAACCCCAAGGUUCAGGACUUUGGCUGGCCUGACCUUCAUGCUCCUCCGCUGGACAAGAUCUGCGCUAUCUGCAAAGCCAUGGAGAUGUGGCUCAACUCUGACCCACACCACGUUGUCGUCCUGCACUGCAAGGGCAACAAAGGCCGAACGGGAGUCAUCAUUGCAGCGUACAUGCACUACAGCAAGAUCUCUGCAGGAGCUGACCAGGCGCUCAGUACUCUCGCCAUGAGGAAGUUCUGUGAGGACAAAGUGGCUCCAGCGAUUCAGCCUUCACAAACCAGAUACAUUUAUUACUUCAGCGGCCUGCUAUCUGGAGCGAUAAAAAUGAACAGCAUGCCUCUGUUCCUGCACCAUGUCGUCAUCCCUGCUAUACCCAGUUUUGAGCCCCAUGGAGGAUACCACCCAUUCCUGAAGAUUUAUCAGUCCAUGCAACUCGUCUACACCUCAGGCAUCUACAGUGUCCAAGCACCCGGUUGUAAAAAGCUGUGCGUCUCCAUCGAGCCUGCGUUACUGCUGAAGGGAGACAUCAUGGUGAAGUGUUACCAUAAGCAAUACAAAAACCCGGAACGGGACGUUGUAUUUCGAGUACAGUUCCAUACUUGCGCUAUCCAUGGCACCCAGCUCUGGUUUGGAAAGGAUGAACUGGAUGAUGCUUACGGAGACGACAGGUUCCCACGAGAUGCCAUGGUGGAGUUCAUUUUCUCUUCCGGACCGGAAAAAAUCAAAGAGGGUGAACACUUAAGGAAUGACUCAACAGUGACUGUGGAUUACAACACCUCUGAUCCAACAGUGAGAUGGGAUUCCUAUGAGAACUUCAACCUUCACCACGAGGAUGGCUUGGAAGAAGUACCUCACACACGAGGGCCACUGGAUGGAAGCCUGUAUGCCAAGGUGAAGAAGAGGAGUCCAAGCAUUGGCACAGCCAACGGAAGCCCAUUAAGCGUCACGUCCGUUCACUGCGGCCACACCUUGUCUGUCAGCACGGAUUCUGGCCACUCCACUGCAUCGGUGAAGACAGAAGACCACAGCGUUAGCACGAAGCAGGCACCCUCGCAGGUAGAGAAGGAGCAGCUGGAUCAGCUGCUGAGUGGCUUUGGCGUCGGUGCAGUGAAGAACGUGCACAAUGCGCUAUCCCAACCACGGGCGGCUUCCCAGAGCCGCUCCAAUGGCCGAUCGGGCUCCAACGAACGAGAGACGGACAUCCUGGACGAUGAAGUGGUGUGCGAGAUGAAUCGGUUCGCCACUCUGCCGAGAAACAUCCACCACCCGUACAACUUCAAGGUCAGCCAUCACUCACCAGAGCACAGGAUACCUGGUUACGGCCACAGCCCUGAAGGAAUACGGAACGAUGUCUACUACCGGCCAGACAUGACGCUGGAGAGAAGACGGCCCACGUUUGAGAGAAACGUGGGUCCAGUGGGUGAGAUUGGGAUGGAGGGCAUGAUGCAUGAUUCCUACGAGCAUGUGAAAGGCAUAGACCCCAUGCAGCACCAGGCAGCCAUGUUAGACAGGGUGAACUAUCAACGUCCACGCAAUGAAGUCCUCCAAGGCUACGCGCCUGUGUUUCACCAGUAUACUUGCGCAGAGAGAAUGCCUCCUGGUCUGAUCCAUCGUAUUAGACAGAGGGAUGAUGCUCAGAGAGAUCACGACAUGAAUGCGAAUAGAAACCGGCUCGUUGAUUACCACCAGUUAGAGGGACUGUUGGAUGGACAGCAUGUGCAAUUUCUUGAGCGCAACCCACCAGAAAUCAUGUCUCAUAACUGUGGCUGCCGUAACUGUUCCUUAAAAAUGUCAGAGGAAGAGGUGGAGAGGUCUGCAGCAGCGUUCAAUGCCAUUAAGUUGGACCAUGAGUCCUUGUACCAGCACUCUUGCCAUCCUGACCUGGACAUGUGGCAGCAUGAUCACCUGAAGCCACAUUUGCUAAACCAUCCGAUCAGAAAUGGACAAGCUCCCCAAACAGUUCCUCUGCUGAUGCCUGCACACCCAUACAGCCAGUACCCAAGAGCGCUCGGAUGCCCUUCGUUUGGUUAUAGCCAUGCCCAUGCAAAUAUGCCAAUGCCAACCCCGUUGGUGCACACAUACUCCAGUCCGCUUUCACCAGUGCCUCAUGGGCAGCUUCAGAGAAGCAUGGAAGGGUCUCCUGAAUCACACCCUCCUUACGGCAGGUACCCAGAGCUGAAGUACAGCCCAGACUACCAGCAACAUCCACACUGCAGUUGUCCAUACGACCAUUACCAGGAGCAGUACUGUGCCAACAGAGGCUGUGAGGUCUACCCAGAUAGUCCACUCAUGUCACCUCCUGCACUGGGACCGUGUAGUCCGAGCCCACAAGGGCCUGCUUCUGUGUCGCCAGUGAGCCCGACUGUACCCCGGGUCUUGUCCAGGAACCCAAGUGCUUGUGAUCGAGCAGCAAGAAUAACCGAUGAAGAUCCACAAAGCCCAGAAGCCGCUUUCUCACACCAACCACCUGAAGUCCAAAUCAACACUGAUCAAAUAGCCCGGGGAAAACAAACGUUGGUACAAGGUGUCCCUGGAAAACAUAGAAACCCUGAGAUUGCAAGGCGACACCACUGUGAAGGGAUGGUGUUGUGCAGCUCUCCGUCCAACAUGACUGAAGCAUCGACUCCUGGAUCCACAGGCAGCUCUGGACCGGAUACUGAAAGCACAGCAACAGCGGAGGGCAGCCCAAGGACUCCUGUCCAGUCUCCUCCUGCUACGGGCCAAAGGCAGCCAACCCCGCCCCGGCCAGAAGCGAGCCUGUGCUUAGUCGGUAUCUCUCCUGAGCCAGGAAAUGGCUGUCAAAUGAACAGGAGCCCCGGCAGCCCAGCCGAACAGUCUGGUGCCCAUCAGGUAAAUGGCAUUGAGACCCACAUGGCACCUGGUGACCCGGGAACCACCCGCCAGCCGAUCGCCAUCGACGCACAGCUGAGUCCAAACCAAAGCAAAGAUGGUUGUAGCAGGACGCCGCCACCUCGUAGCCCAGCUGCCAAGGGAAGUGUGCCAGAGACUGCCGCAGAUCACUGUGCCUCGAUGACACCACCCAGCUCGGCCAUUGUCAGGCACCCACCACAUGGCACCACCGGAGACUCGUGCUUUGCCAGCGUGCAACACCACCCGCUGAGCCCAGACAUGGUCGCCCUGCAGUCCUGCAAAGGAUCUCCGGAGUCCCAGGCACCGCCAACCCCUGCCUUCCCCGUCGCGUCCCCCUACAGUUCGCCCACCUCUCCUUCCCAAGUCUUCACCUACCAGGCCGGCGGCUCGAUGUGCCCACAGCAGCCGCCUCUACCAGAGAAACGGCGGAUGUCUGCCAGCCACGGACCAGCCAAUGGAAGGUCCUUCUCACCCACGCACAGAGGCGCGCAAUCUCCCAGCGAGAGCACCGCACAGCACGUGACCUUCUCCCCGACCACAUUGGCCUUCCCAAUGCACUCGUUUACAGACGGACAUCAGGAAAGCCAGAUCAGUGCCAGGUUUGUCCAGGACACAUCGAAGUUUUGGUACAAGCCAAACAUCUCCAGGGACCAAGCCAUUGCCCUUCUGAAAGACCGGGAGCCUGGCUCAUUCCUGAUUCGGGACAGCAAUUCAUUCCAGGGGGCCUAUGGCCUUGCCCUCAAAGUGGUGACGCCUCCAGCUAACUUCAGCUCCCACAGCAGUAAAGGCAACCCAAAUGAGCUGCUCGUACGGCAUUUCCUCAUCGAAACAGGCUCAAAGGGAGUGAAGAUCAAGGGCUGUCAGAAUGAACCGCACUUCGGAAGCCUGUCAGCUCUGGUGUAUCAGCACUCCAUCACGCCCAUCUCCCUGCCCUACAAGCUGAAGAUUCCAAAUAAAGAUCCCAUGGAUGAAACUGCGGACAGCGUUGUACCCGGCAACACCAGUACCGCUGCUGAAUUGCUUAAACAGGGAGCAGCCUGCAACGUGCUGUAUAUAAACUCGGUGGAGACAGAGUCGCUGACUGGCCCACAGGCAGUUGCCAAAGCAACCAUGCAGACGUUUUCCAUGCAGCCUCGGCCCACUGCCACCAUGGUCCACUUCAAAGUCUCCGUGCAGGGCAUCACCCUCACAGACAGCCAACGCAAGAUUUUCUUCAGACGCCAUUACCCAGUCAACACGGUAACGUUCUGCAACCUGGGCCCACAGGACAGAAGGUGGACUAACCCAGAUGGCACAACAUCAAAGAUGUUUGGUUUUGUGGCGAAGAAGCAGGGAAGCACGUCUGACAAUGUCUGCCAUCUGUUUGCUGAACUCGACCCAGAGCAGCCAGCAUCCGCCAUAGUGAACUUCAUCACCAAAGUCAUGCUCGGCCCACAGAAGAGAUGAGUCAGGGAUUUGCUGCAUUCAAAGACAAACCAAAGGAGUCACCUGGCCAGGCAAGAAGGAUAGCUAGCUCCUCCUGCAUCACCCAAAGGAACAAGCUCCCUAACCAGUCUGAAGAAGGGUCUCGACCCGAAACGUCACCCAUUCCUUCUCUCCAGAGAUGCUGCCUGUCCUGCUGAGCUACUCCAGCUUUUUGUGUCUAUCUUCGGUAUCUGCAGUUCCUUCUUACAAGCUUCUUUAGAAACAUCAGUUUUCCUCUUAGAAACAUUCCCUUCUCUCUGUUUAAGGUCCACUUUAGCCUCUAGGUGGAUAAUCAGACUGCAUGAGAUUCCUUUUCAUCUGAACUCUGGUUCGAUGGCGCCAUUUUGUGAGUGGCGGUGUUCAGCAGGGCCUUGCUCCCUCACAGCCCAGCUCCCCUUCAGAGAGUGGUGGCGAGUUAAGUUGACCACCCUGUACACUGCCUACGUUGCGCUUUGCUGAGGAUUCUCAUUGUAACUGCCCAUGUAAAGGGGAGCCCUGCAGACUUGAUUACUGAGUGAUGCUGCAUGUGAAUAAUACAAAGAGUAUGUGCAAAUUGUGAAGGAGGGGGACUAAAUAAGGAUGAAAGGGGCUGUGGGAUGAUUGAAGGGUGGUAGACAGAUUGGGAUCAAUGUUAGAUCCAGACUUGUGAAACCAGGAACUCGCUCAAACUCGCAUAGGGAAUUUUCAGAGUAUCUGGUGCUGCAGUGUAAAUGUCCCUAGUAGCUUGGAGUGUUCACAGUUGUAUAAAGACACCACCAUCUUCUACAGCAGAAAGUCAAAUGUGCACCGGCCUUUGAUCAUCAGGCUAUCUAGUUCAGAGCAGGUCUAACUGUAAUAUUAGUCUGACAGUGAAAGUGUAAUAUUGGUCUGACGUUUAUCGAGACUUUCAAUGAAAGCCGCUGGGAGAAUGAAGCUGGUGAGAACUCAGUUGGAAGUACAUGAAGAUGAAGUGUGAUGGAUUUGUGUGGGACUCCUUGCCAGCAACUAUAGCGCAUGUUAACUCGCCAAAGCUUUGUUUUGUGGAAUGAUAGAACGAACAGUCCUUCCGACUGAUAUCAGAAUAGGUCAGUCUGGGCACAAACCCAGCUCGUGUAUCAGAGGGAAUUGGACGUGGGCUACGGUGCGUGUCUAGGCUUAAAACCAGCGCUGUUCUGUUCAGCAAACAGUCUGAGUUUGCUCAGAAAACAGGCUAAUUAAAGAGUGGAGGAAGCAGAAACUACAGCAACCUUUUCCCCCAAUAGAACCAUGAAAGUGACCAGACUAUCUUCUGAGUUGCUUUCAUUACCUACAAACCAGACUCACCUUCCCAAGACAAAAAUCCAAGUGGAGACCUAAUUUGCAAGGGCUGCUCUCUCAGUUCCUGGGCCAUUACACCAUGGUUGUUCCAUUGGGAAUAAGCCAAGACCAAGCAAGACUGGGUGGCGAGAUGUGAGCUCCCCCUAACGUGGCCUUGGCUGAGUGUUGAUUUCUGCGACACUUCCCAUGGGAUGGACGGAGUUUGUUUGCCCCUUUAAGUAUUCUCAGCACCAAAACAUGGAGCUUUGCUGCUCUGCCCUGAUUUACACUUGAGAAUGAUCUGUCCAUCUGCUGCACAACCUGGCAUUUAAAAAAACGUUUCAAUCCCCUGCUAGCAAUGUUUCAGGUGGAUGAAGUUUCACUGGAACACUGACAGACCUUCCACUGAAAGGUCAUUAACCUGUCAAUGUUAACUGUUUCUCUCUCCAUCAAUACUGCCUGACCUGCUGAUGUUUCCAGCAUUCCCUGUUUUUACGACAGGUUCUAGGCAUCUGCAGUAUUUGUUUUUGGGUCGAUCGGAAAUGUUAGCUGGUGUUCUCCCAGAACCUUGCUGCACUUGUCCUGAAUUCCCUUGCACUAUCUCCUUCUCAUUGCACCAUCAGGGACAUCUUUGAUGCUCGGUUGGUUUUGAAUGUCAGCACAGCCAAACACUCUAACCUACCACAAAUUCCAUGUGACAGAUCCCUGAGAGAAUGGGGUGUGCAUCAGUAAGUGCCGCAGUGUGCUAAAGCAUCCUUCAUUCAGCAACAGCUACCCUCAUUCCUAUUAUUGCCAUCUCUCCCAACAACCAGCCUAGAUGCAUCUCUGGGUGAUGGAUGGUUUGUGCUGUGGCCUCCUGAGCUGGCCAUCUGAUGAACAUCACCUUGGGAACCUCAGAUACCACACUCCAACCCCAUUACCACUGGACUGUAGAAGGAGAGUAAGAUGGAACCUAGCGCUCACGCAUCCUGUAGCUUUUCUGCAGUUCAAGUUCUUGCCUCUGAUCUCCAGAACUGGCCUCUGAAUCAGCCUUGACUAAUGUUGCAUUCAAUUAUUUGGAUCACAUGUGCUGGCCUGCAGAAGUACUCAUUUGCCUUUGAAAUGCUAGUAUAAAUGGCCUUGGUCUCUAUUCUAAUGUAAACAGGAACCAUGGAGCUAGUAACAAACAGUGAUGCUCAGCACCAGCUUCCUGGAUAUAUAUAAUAUAUAUUGUGUGUAUAUAAUAUAUUGUGCUGCGUAUCUGAAUGUGUUGAUGACAAAGAUUGGCUAUUAUAUGAUCUCAGAGUAGAGUCACAACACCUGACAAGUGGCGAUUUCAUGUGAUCGUUUCUGCUGUGCCUGUUCAAUAUGCCAAUGUAUUUUAUUGGGGCACGUAACUGAGAGACCCUUGGGAACGGAUUAGUGUCGAUGAGUUAUUACCACGGGUCACCACUCCCUCAGGUGGGUAACAUGGAUUAUGAGUUUCUAGCCUGAACACACAAAUGUCCUUCCACACUUCAGGGUCGGAAUGCUCACGUGGCUUCCAACCAAAUGCAAAGUCUUGACCAACACCAGUAAAAUUAAUGAUUUGGUUGUCAUUGCUGUGUGCAAUUUACAACACAUUUCACUUCAGAUCAAACGCUUUGGAUAUCUUGAGCUUGUGGAAGGUGCUGUAGGAAUGUAAUUCUUUUUUUCCCCAUUGCAGCUUUCUGCAGAGCUGGUGAGAGGUUGCCACAGACAUAGGUCAACCCUCCAACACCAGACACCUUGUCAUUGUGUACACAUGCAAGAGAUCUUUUAAAGAUACCAAGCAGCUAAGGGAUCGACAAUGGAUGGUUGAAGGGAAGGGUUUUCGGCAGCUUUUGAUGGUGAGUGUGGAUGUAGCUCAGCAAACACAGACCCCCCCCCCCCCCCCCCCCCCCCCAGAGAGCCCUUGCCCAGAAUUAAACCACUCUACACAGCCACUUAGUACAAAAGCCUGCAGUGUGGAGAUUUGUCUUUCAAACUAAUGUGUUUGCAAAUGGCCUUCUGGUUACGUGCCUGAAUAAAAGGAGGAAUCACGAGCAUUCAUUUCAGUGAAGAAAAAUAUAUUUUUUAUGUUCUUUUUCCGAUAUAGACAUCUCAAAAAUAUUAAUCCAAGAGAUUUCAUUAUUACCAUGAUAAACAGUCACAAAAUGUCAGUCAGUCAGUCACUGCUAACUGUGUUGUAACCUUUAUGUUUAACGAUAUACUCAAAGUUUGGCUUCACAGAUUAAUCAAAGCUAAGAACAACCAGGGCCGUACUGGCAAAAUGCUUUUCCUCGUUUUUGGGGAGGAGGGUGGUUCGGCUGGUGGAAUUGCAGAUGUUACCGAUGACGAGAGAAGAGAUUUGUAGCACACCGCUCGCUCCACAGUGCUGCUCUCGGAGCUCUGACCUCACAUUGGUGCAGUGGCUUGUGGAUGGUGAGCAGGAACAGUGAGUCCCUUGGCCCAAAUCUUGCCAGGGGCUAGAAACAAGGAAGGAGGCUUGCAAGGCAAUGAUCAUGAUAUUUGGGGUAAAUUGCAGAAUGACUAAAUAGCCAGAGGCCUGAACCACAAAUCCAAGGGACACAUUCAAAUCCCACCAUGACAGCAGGGGAAUUCAAAUUCAGGUAGAUUAAUUAAAUAAAUCUGGAAUAUAAAGCUAGCUCACUAUAGCCAGGGUCUCUGUUAUAGUGUAUUCUAGAAAUGACCAAAUUCUCAUAAAAGCCCACUAAUGCACCACUGUGCUUAAGGGAAGGAAAUCUGCCUACCUUACCCCAGAUGUGAUUCCAGACUUUUAACUGCUCUCUCAGAUCCACUUGGCUCUAGGGCCAGGGAAGUGUGGAUGAUAAACACCAUGUCUUUUGAAGGAAUAAUAAAACACAAUUAGAAUGAUUGGGCUCUCCCAAGCAGUGGUGGGGAGAUGAGAGAGAGAGUGGCAGCUCCCACUCACCUGGACAUACGUGGAAUGGGUUCUAUUUUACCUAAAAUUAGACAGUGGCCUUUCCAAUCCUUGCUCUAAUUUGCCCAUCGCGAAAAAUAUAUCAUCCCAUAAAGUACACAAGGAGUGGGGAAGGGAGAUGAUGGUUGCCCAGCAAAGUCUAAAACCCACUUUGCCUGUGGGGUACUGGCUGUUACUUUGCAAAUAUGUGAUGCUGAGGUAACCCUUGGACUGAGUGGCAAAAAGGUAUAUAUUUGAAGAGCUUUCAACAUCACUGUAUAUUACAUAUUUUAAUCAAAGUCUAUAGUUUUAUUUGUAUAGCUCAGACAUUUAUUUUGCCUGAUAUUGGAGAAUUUAUGGAAUAAGCUUUAGUCAAGAAUGUAUAAUAUAUUAUCCUUAUGCCGUUACUAUUUUUGUGUAUGAGGUGUGAUAUCAAACACCAGCUAAACACGUUGUGUAUUCUUUUGUGGGUGUGCCUUGUGUAAAUGUCUGUUUUCCAAGCACACAGCGAAGUUCGACCCUUGUAUUCUCUUGUUGAAUUCAGCUCCGAAGAUGUCCUCUUGCCCUUUCCCCCCAAACCUUUACAUGAAGUUGUCUGGUGCAGGUGGGACUGGCCAAGAUCUGGUGCUGCUCUCGGUCGAGACAUAAAGAAGGAGCACCUCUUCGGCUCAUCAGCUGUCAAUUCCCCCUUCAAAAAAUAAUUUCUGCAUGAAAAUGUGGCUGCUUUCUAAUUGGGAAAGACUUAGAACUUUGUCUCACACUUUGGGACCUGAAGCCCCCUCAUUCACUCUCUGACAGGAAAAGAUGCUAAAAAAAAUCGUAAAAAACCUAGGAUCCAACGAGGUGAAUAAUUCACAGAGGUUUUACAG